GAGGUGGCCUCUCUUGAUUAACGGGCGACUUCGUUCCCCCGAAAUACCAUAGAAAUACCUUUUGUUCCUGUAAAGUAAUUCGCGAAGAGCCAUUAUCUACAAAUGGAGUAAACUUGGAACAACCUUCCCAGGAGUGGGAGAGUCUCAUCCAGGAGGUCACACAAGAACUGCAGGCCUCACUUGAUUCAGUUAAGGUGGAGCCCGCUCAUCUGCUGUGUGCACUUCCUCUAACAGCUCAUGCAGCCACAUGCGACGCUUGAAUUCCUGUAAGGAGCGCCCCUUGUCAUGCAUCAGCUGGGCGUGGCUCACUGACCUCCUCCUUGAAUACAAAGAGAAUGGUCCUGAGGCUGAAGUCCAACUUUGGCCCCGCCAGAAGUUCCCAUUAGGGUUCUGGGAUCACACAUCAAGGUCUGUCGCUGGCCCUCGACCCCUGCUGAGGCCUCUGUGAUGGGGAGGAGUCCAGAUUGAGUGGGCCAGAGGAGACAACACACCGUAGCUGUGUGCAACUGCACACUCUUAAAAUGGCCUCAAUCCUGCAUAAACUAAUGACUCCACUGUUCAGUGGCCCUCCCGAACCCCCAAGGAACAAAGUGACAGUGGUGGGAGUGGGCCAGGUUGGCAUGGCUUGUGCUGUCAGCAUCCUGCUCAGGGAGCUGGCUGAUGAACUGGCCCUGGUAGAUGUAAUGGAGGACAAGCUGAAAGGAGAGAUGAUGGACCUGCAGCACGGGAGCCUCUUCCUCAAAACCCCCAAAAUAGUGGCAGACAAAGACUACUCUGUGACAAAAAAUUCCCGUAUUGUGGUGGUGACCGCUGGGGUCCGUCAGCAGGAGGGAGAGAGCAGACUGAACCUCGUCCAGAGGAAUGUCAACAUUUUCAAACAUAUCAUCCCUCAGAUUGUUCGAUACAGUCCUGACUGCAUUAUCGUUGUGGUUUCAAACCCAGUCGAUGUGCUGACAUAUGUGACCUGGAAGCUCAGCGGCCUACCUAAGCAUCGCGUCAUUGGCAGCGGCACCAACUUGGACUCAGCACGCUUUCGCUUCCUGAUGGCUGAUAAACUGGGAAUCCAUGCUAGCAGCUUCAACGGUUGGAUUCUGGGAGAACAUGGAGACACCAGCGUGCCUGUGUGGAGUGGAACAAACGUGGCUGGAGUCAACCUGCAGACGUUAAAUCCAGACAUCGGCACUGACAUUGAUGAAGAGAACUGGAAGGAAACCCACAAGAUGGUGGUGGACAGUGCCUACGAGGUGAUCAAACUGAAGGGUUAUACCAACUGGGCCAUUGGCCUGAGUGUAGCUGACCUAACAGAGAGCCUCAUGAAGAACCUGAACAGGAUUCAUCCUGUUUCCACCAUGGUGCAGGGCAUGUAUGGAAUUACUGACGAGGUGUAUCUGAGUCUGCCCUGUGUGCUGAAUGGGGGAGGUGUGGCCAGCGUGGUCAACAUGACCCUGACAGACGAGGAGGUGGCUCAGCUGCAGGCCAGUGCCAACACGCUGUGGGACAUCCAGAAGGACCUGCAGGAUGUCUAACGGGACAACAGGGGGUGCUGUAGCUGCACCUUCCUAACUGCUUCUCAUUCACAGUAUUAACUCUCUGCAGUCACCGAACACCAGACAGCUCCACCUCCCACACCUUUAACCCACCACACUCAAGAUUUACAGGCGUUUAGUAGGAUGUAAUCCCACCAGAUUUAGCUGUAGGUGUCAGUUUGUACAGAGAACCUGUGUGACAUCAACUGGGUGAAAUGCUGCUUGACUCAUUAGUCCUUAAGUGUGAUGCAGCAUGGGUCACAUACAUGUGUUUCUCUGAUGUGUUAUAAGGACAGUUUGUUUGUCCUUGAAUAGAGCAAUGCACUGUUAUUCACCAGUAAAACAACCCUAAAGGAGAAAUGUAUGUGUUUUUUCUGUCCAUUUAAAUUUUGAACUGAAACCAUAAAACCAGAGAAAAUUGAAAUCAUUUGUGUCUGAAUGAUAUCCUGCUGAACUUUAACUCAAGUUUUUUUAAUUACAUAUCUCAUUUAAUGAGUCUAUUUUGUUAAAUUGUGAAGAAAAUAUAACA